ACGAAACAGUCUGUUACUUAUUACAUCAACGGGGGAAACACUGAGUGUUGUAACAGGCAGAGGAGCUCUAGAAUAAAAAGGUCCUGUUUGUGUCUGAAACACGUCUUUGUUACAACUCUUCUUCUGAAGCUGCUGGAGGAUGAUGCUCAGCGUUGUGCUAGCGGUGCUGCUGCCGGUAGCAGCCCAUCAGUCCCCUCUGCCCACUGACUGUAGUGACGUGUACAGAGCCGGGUCGGGCCGGGACGGCGUCUACACCAUCUACCCAGCAGGCUCCACCUCCCCUGUGCAGGUCUACUGCGACAUGAGCAAGGACGGCGUCGGCGACUCGGCUGAAAAGUGGACGGUCAUUCAGAGAAGACAAGACGGCACAGUGAACUUCUUCAUGAGGUGGGAUCACUACAAGUCUGGAUUCGGCAGCGCUGCUGGGGAGUACUGGCUGGGUCUGGAGACCAUGCACCUGAUGACCCAGGCCAAGACCUACGAGCUGCGGGUGGACAUGGAGGACUUCGAAGGACAGAAGGUCUACGCUCUCUACUCCUCCUUCUCUGUGGGGCCCGAGUCUGAGGGAUACAAGCUGAACCUGGGGAGUUUUGUGAGGGGAACAACAGGCGACUCUCUGAGUCUACACAACGGGCAGAAAUUCACCACGACCGACAAAGAUCAGGACACGCAUGGCUCCAACUGUGCCAGGCUGGCGUUUGGAGGAUUCUGGUACGCAGCGUGCUUCGGCGCCAACCCCAACGGGAUCUACACCUGGGGACCGUCCCCUAAUGCAGCCGGUGUGCAGUGGGUGAGCUUCAGAGGGGUGGAGUACUCCCUGAAGACCAUGGUGAUGAAGAUCAGGCCUGCUGCUCAGUGAAUGAGUCAGGAUGAUCCCAUCACUUCUAGUCUGUUUGUUUGUUUAUUCAGCCUGGAUGUGGAAAUUAGAAAUAUGCAGCGUUUUCACUCCCACACAGACAGUCCUGCUGCUGUGAAUCGCUAAAGGUCCCGUCCAGUUUAAAAACUAAGCGACUAAACAGGCGAUGUGUGAUGUGUCUAAUGUAUUAGCAUCAUGAGUGACAGGGGAAAUGUUUUCACAGAGGCAGACGGUCUAGAAGCUGAAUACAGUACGGUCGACAUCACAUAAAUAAACACAUCACACGUUGAA